UUUAAUUUCACAUCGAAAAAUUAAAAAAAAACUAUAAAAUAUAAACAAAAUCACACCAAAAAAUAGAAAAAAACCUCGUUGCCUUCUUCUUCGCCGUUACAGUCCUCUUCUUCCUCUUCAAUUCGCCGUCAAAAAUCUUCUCUUUUUUCUAUUCCCGCCGGUGUUUUCACACUCCUUUCUCCACAAUCCUCUGAUCUCUCUCUCUACAUGGCUUCGAUUUCGACCCAUCAACGUCGAUGCAUGUUCAUGACUAAAGUCUAAUCUUUUCAAUUUCAUCGAUUUCACCAAUUCACGUCGAUUUCAUCUCCGAUUCGUUGUUGUAGCUCUUCGUGGUGACUUAGGGUUUUAAGAUUUUGGGAUUGGGAUUCGAAAAUCGAGGUGGGUUUGUGAUGUUUGAAGUCAAAAUGGGGUCAAAGAUGUGCAUGAACGCUUCAUGUGGUACGACCUCCUCUGUUGAAUGGAAGAAAGGUUGGCCUCUUCGAUCUGGUCUCCUUGCUGAUCUCUGUCAGCGUUGCGGAUCUGUAUAUGAGAGUUCUACGUUCUGUGAAAAAUUCCAUAAGGACCAAUCUGGUUGGAGGGAAUGCUAUUUGUGCAACAAGAAACUACAUUGUGGAUGCAUUGCUUCUAAGGUCAUGAUUGAGCUUAUGGACUAUGGUGGUGUUGGUUGUAGUACUUGUGCUUGCCGCCAGAAACUCAAUUUCAACAAUAGUGGUGAGAAUCCAGGUGUGUUUAGCAGAUUGCCAAUGAAAUCGUUAGCUGAUAGGCAAUAUGUAAAUGGCGAAAGUGGGAUGAAUAUUGAAGGAGGAAGAAACGAAGCUGAUCUCUUUUCUCAACCCCAGAGAUGUGAGUCUCAGCCAUUAGUCAUGGGUGGGGAUAAAAGAGAGGAGUUCAUACCUCAUCGUGGGUUUGGUAAUCUUAUGAGUUCAGAAAAUACCAACACUGGAUUUAGGCUAGAUGCUGUGGAAAUGCAUGAAUCGUCACCGGCACAGCCAUCUUUGAACAUGGGUUUGUCAGUACUUCCAUAUAGCCCAUCUUUUUCAACCGAGGGUAUCGAGGGAAAGAAACACAUUGGUGCUUCUCAGUCAAACAUGGUCCAUUGCUCUGCCUCCAACAUUCUGCAAAAGCCAUCAAAACCUGCUAUGUCAACUCCUCCCGUGGCUAGUAAAUCUGCUCAGGCGAGGAUUGGAAGGCCUCCUGUCGAAGGGCGAGGGAAAGGCCAUUUACUUCCGAGGUAUUGGCCAAAAUAUACAGAUAAAGAGGUUCAGCAAAUCUCGGGAAACUUGAAUUUGAACAUUGUACCUCUUUUUGAGAAAACUCUGAGUGCCAGUGAUGCUGGUCGCAUUGGUCGACUAGUUCUUCCAAAAGCCUGUGCAGAGGCAUAUUUUCCUCCAAUUAGUCAAUCUGAAGGCAUUCCUUUGAAAAUCCAAGAUGUGAAGGGUAAGGAGUGGACGUUCCAGUUCAGAUAUUGGCCUAAUAACAACAGUAGAAUGUAUGUCUUAGAAGGUGUCACUCCUUGCAUACAGUCCAUGAUGCUACAGGCUGGUGAUACAGUAACUUUCAGUCGUGUUGAUCCUGGCGGAAAACUAAUCAUGGGUUCCAGGAAGGCAGCCAAUGGUGGAGACAUUCAGAGUUGUGGUCUCACUAACGGUACUUCAACUGAGGACACAUCAUCAUCUGGCGUUACAGAGAACCCACCAUCGAUAAAUGGUUCCUCGUGUCCCUCACUAAUACCGAAAGAAUUGAAUGGUAUGCCUGAAAAUCUGAGCUCACCUUAUGGUGGUAAUGGCAUAAAGAAUGAGAAUAACGGGGUCAGGGUAGCUGAUGAUCCUACACGAGUUAAAGAAAAGAAGAGAACUCGAACCAUUGGGACCAAAACUAAGAGACUACUUUUGCAUAGUGAAGAAUCUAUGGAGCUGAGAAUCACCUGGGAAGAAGCUCAGGACUUGUUUCGUCCCUCCCCCAGUGCAAAGCCUACCAUUGUCGUUAUUGAGGGGCAUGAAUUUGAAGAAUUUGACGAACCUCCUGUCUGUGGAAAGAAGACCAUAGUCACUACAAAACCUUCAGGCGAACAAGAACGAUGGGCAGCUUGUGAUGACUGCUCUAAAUGGAGAAGGUUACCUGUCAAUGCUCUUCUUUCCUUAAAAUGGACAUGUAUAGACAAUGUUUGGGACGUGAGCAGGUGUUCAUGUUCUGCACCGGAGGAGAGUCUGAAGGAACUUGAGAAUGCUCUUAAAGCAGGGAGAGAGUACAAGAAGAGAAGAACUGGGGAAAGCCAGGCAGCAAAAAGUGAGCAAGAACCGUCUGGUUUGGAUGCACUAGCGAGUGCAGCGGUCUUAGGAGACACAAUGGGCGAGCCAGAGGUUGCAACCACAACCAGACAUCCAAGGCACCGGGCUGGAUGCUCUUGCAUUGUGUGCAUUCAGCCACCAAGUGGGAAAGGUAGGCACAAGCCCAACUGCGCUUGCACUGUGUGUAGCACUGUAAAGAGAAGGUUCAAGACGCUGAUGAUGAGGAGGAAGAAGAAGCAGUUAGAGCGUGAUGGACCAGCAGCAGAAGAGAAGGAGAAGAAGGACAUGGAACAGGCUGAGUCUGAUAAGAAUAAGGCAGAGGAAGAAGUGAACACGGCGAGGAUAGAUCUGAACAGUGAUCCGUACAACAAAGAAGAUGUUGAAGCUGUUGCGGGGGAGAAAGACGAAAGUAGAAAAAGAAAAAUAGGGCAGAGUUCAGGCGUGGCUCAAGAAGGUGAUGUUGUAGGAGUUAAGGUUUUAGAAGGAGAGGCUGAGAAAAUUGGUGAAGAUCCGAAAGGUUCAAGCUGAUAUGGAAGGAACAAGGGAAAGACCAAAAAAGCUAAACUCAUAGCCAGUUUUCUCAAGAUGUUGUCUGAGGACAGCAAGAGUAGUAGAAGAAGAAGAAGAAGAGUGAGUGAGAGAGGUACAGUUUUGUGUUUGAUUCUGUUGUCAUAGUUGUAGGAAACAAAAUAAGUUUUUUUAGGUUCAAAACUACAAGAAUGACCCAUCUUUUGUUUUUGUAUUUUUUUUUUUUUUAUCUCUAAUGGUUUGUGGUGAGAGUUUAGUAUGUCUCCAUUAAUCUUGGGGUUUGUAGAAGGCAAAUGGAGCUAAGGAGCUUAAUGCUAGGUUAUGAAACAGUUGAGUUUCUUUUUUUUU